AGAUUUGAAGCGAACUAAUUAAAGUUAGGAGUUUGAUAUAUCCUCCAUUUUUUGACGAGGAUGUCGGUGAUAAUCCGUCUGAAAAAUUUGCCGAUGACGGCAGGCGCUUCGGAUGUCCGUACAUUUUUCACCGGUUUGAAAAUUCCUGAUGGGGCUGUGCAUAUUAUUGGCGGAGACGAGGGAGAAGUUUUCGUCGGAUUUUCUUCCGAUGAUGAUGCGAGGCUUGCAAUGACAAAAGAUCGGUUGAUGAUUCACGGGGCUGAGGUUCGAUUAUUUCUCUCCUCCAAAUCAGAACAGAACUCUGUAAUCGCGGCGCGAAAAAAUAACACAUAUACUUCUCCAGUAUACAAAGAAUAUGUUCCGCCGGUUCCAUCACAACCAACGCCGGCGCAAGAACAAAAUUGGAAUUCUCAAACGGCUGGAAAUCCCUAUGCAGCAAAAGCAGGAUAUGAAGCAUCGUAUCCACCACAAAACUCGAAUGCCACACGCACAAGUUUCAAUAAUCAGAAUAGUUACAGUAACCGUCAAGAAAUUUCACAGAACCAUCAGGAAAAUUCUGUAAAAUUGAAAGAUCCAUUCGGAGGUGAUUACGGUGGUUACAAGUUCCAACAGCAACCACCUCCACAAAUCAAUCGAUAUGGAUCAGGUCCUCCACCAUCAAAACCAGCAGAUCUAUCCAACACGAGAUCACUCCCGCCUGUCAAUAAUCCUCCACCACCUCACCCGAUUCCACAAUUUCCACCCGAAAAACAAUUCGGAAACAAAUUGGGAAAUAAUAACGAUGUUUCAUCUAGGGAAAAUCACAUUCAAGGAUCUGGAAAUGAAAGAGUUCAGGGUGGAGAUUCAUGGAGAGACACGUCAUUCAAUCAGCCGCCGAGAAACGACUUCAAGGGAAAUUAUAAUAAUGCAUACUCUUCAAAUAAAUACAAAAAUAACUACAAAGCACCUGAAUUCAACAAUGAUUUCAACGGAGGCAACAAAUUCAAUCAAUUUCCACCUCGUAAUGCUCAAUCAACUGAUUUGUCCGAAAACCGUGCAGCACCACCACAAACUGGCCGGAAAACUCUGAUGCCAACUCCACAAGCACCAUUUCAAAAUGCUCCUGCACCAUUCACAAAUGGACCAUCAGAUGAUGUUAAUAGGCCAUUUCAAACUGGACCCCCAGGGAAUCUAGGAAGAAAUGGACCACCACCGUUCCAGGCAGGAGUUCCUCCACCAGUAAUUCAGAAUAACAUGGGACGUCCGAUUGCACCGCCGGCAGCUAUGGUCAGACCUCCACCACAAAAUUUUCCAGGAGGAGCUGGUGGAGCACUUCCAGUUUUUCAAGCUCCAGUCAUGACACCGAUUGUACCUCCAGUUAACAAGCCAAUGGGUGCAGCAGCUGUUGAAAAGUUCUAUAUCGAAUUGACUCGUCUUCCAACUGAUUUACUCCGUCCAGCUGCUCUCGAAGCAUUUAUUCAUCCAACUGCUCCGCUCACUUUAUCUUCUGUAAAAACUGUAUUUGGACCAGGAGGAAUUCAUAUGCAUACUAUUAUUCGAUUGGAUUCAAUUGCUGAUUAUGCAACAAUGAUGAGGCGGAAUGGUGAACAAGGAAUCAAAAUCCAACAAUCUGAUAAAAAAUCAUUUGAUACGGCAAUUGAUGGAAUUCCGAUUCCAUCAGUAUCAAUGGUUCCUUCAAAAGAACAAAGAAGUCAUGAAGAUGAUGAUAAGAAGUCGAGAAGAAGCCGUUGGGAGAAUACAAGUCCGAUAAGAAGUCCCCGAAGGAGCCCACUGAGAAGAGAUAAUCGAGAUAGAUCAAGAAGUAGAAGUCCACCGAGAAGAAGAAGAAGAUCAAGAAGUCCACGUAGACGGGAAGAACAUACUGAUCCAACUAGAUGGUGUGUUCAAGUCACUAAUGUUCCAUUUCGAAUGAAAGAUGAAGAACUUCUUGAAUGGUUUUCUGAAAAGGUUCGCCCUGCCAAACUAACCAGAACAUUCUACUCGGAUGGAAAUGCUUCAGAUCGAUGGGUUGCAGAGUUUUCAAGUGAAAGUUUAAUGAAAAGAUCAUUCGGUAUUCGUACUCUUUGUACCGGGAGAACUCUUCGAUUGCGUUAUAUUGACAAUGCAAAGGCCGAUGAGAUUUUGAAAAUAGAAGAUGUUUAUGGAGAAGGAAAACGUCAAAUGAACGAAGAAGCAAGACUCCAACAUGAAGUAGCUGAAAAAGCCAAUCCCCCAUCUUUCUUCAAUGCUCCAGCUGCAACUCGUGGUUCUGGACCAAUGCCUCCUCUAAAUGGUACUGCACCUCUUCCAUCAGGCCAACAAAAUGGAAUGAAUGUACCUCCACCAAAUGGAUUCAAUGGAGCUCCGAUGCGAGGUGGAUUUGUGCCACGUGGAGGAAAUAAUUUCUCACAAUCGAGAGGUGGAAUGAUGGGAAGAGGAGGUCAUGGAGGAGGAGGAGGACCUCAAAAUUUCUAUCAAAAUGGUCCCAACAACUUUAACAAUGGUCCGCCAGAGCAACAAGGGCAAUUCAGAGGAAAUCAGGGAAAUGAUGGUGGAUUCCGUGGAGGAUUUAGAGGAGGAUAUCGUGGACGCGGUGGAGGUCGAGGUGGAUUCCAAGGAGGUUCACGUGGUGAUGAUUCUCAACCAUCACAAUCUGAACUUAUGGAACUGAUCAAAUCAAUUGGUCCACGUGGAACUGUAUUAUCGUGUAAUGGGUUCCCGAAAGAUGUUACGUUAGAAGAUGUGGUUGAGUUUUUCAAUGAUUAUGAACCGGAUCGUAAUUCCAUUCGGAUACGACGAGGAGAUGAUGGUGUAAUGACUGGAGAAUGUAUGCUGGCGUGUCAAAAUCAGGAGAACGCUCGCCGUGCCUCAAUGGAUCUCGAUGGUCAGAAACUUCGUAAUUCGGUCAUAUCUGUUCGAAUUAUCUAGACAACUGAAUUCUUCUGUUUAUUGUUUAUUCCACAUUCCUUUCCUCAUUCAAUUCCCUUUUGUGUUUUAUUGCAAAAAACUCUCAACCCCUUAUUUGAUUCGUUCAAUAAUUGCCAGUUACAUCUGAUAUCAGAGUUUCCCCAAAACAAGCAAAAAAUGGAAUCACAACUUUACGAGUCGAUCUCCCAAUUUUCCCGCUGUUAUAUAUUUUAUUUCGUAUCCUGAAGAUUAUAACAAAAAAGUAUCAAUGUUUAGCAAUAGUUUUUCUAUAACCACUAAAUAGCUUUAAAAUAUUUGUUUUUCUUGUGUUCCAUUCUUUUUCUCAUAUAAAUUUUUACAUUUAUU